AGUUUUUAACAUAAAGCUGUCGAGAGGCUGCACUUUUUCCAGUGCAGCUCCAGGCGCUGCCAGAGCGCUGAACAAGACAACAAAAUGAAAUCAAAACUACUUUACUUCUUGUGCAUUGUUCUGCCUCUGUCUUUAUUUUUCACCUAUUCUGCUUCUUGCCCCACUCGAUGUCUCUGUUUUAGAACCACCAUUCGAUGUAUGCACUUGAUGUUGGACAACAUCCCCAAAGUGCCACCACCGACUGCUAUAUUAGACCUCAGAUUCAACAGAAUAAGUGAAAUAACACCUGGAGCAUUUAAAAAGCUGAAGAACUUGAACACCUUGUUACUGAACAAUAACCACAUUAAGAGGGUUCCUAGAAAAGCGUUUGAUGACCUGGAAAAUCUAAAAUACCUCUACCUAUACAAGAAUGAAAUCCAUGCAAUAGAUAAGCAGGCAUUUAAAGGUUUGGUGUCCCUGGAGCAGCUAUACAUUCACUUCAACCACAUAGAAACACUAGAUCCAGAAACAUUUAGUGAUCUUCCCAAACUAGAAAGAUUAUUUCUUCAUAAUAAUAAACUGUCUAGGAUCCCAGCAGAAACCUUUGAUAAUUUGGAUUCAAUAAAAAGACUUCGUUUGGAUUCUAAUGGCCUGGUCUGUGACUGUGAAUUAAUGUGGUUGGCUGAACUGAUGAAAGAAUAUGCAAAGAAUGGCAACACUCAAGCAGCAGCCACCUGUGACCACCCCAGGAGGUUACAGGGCAGGUCUGUUGCAACAGUAACAACAGAAGAGUUCAACUGCGAAAGGCCCCGUAUCACCUCAGAGCCCCAGGAUGCAGAUGUAUCGCCUGGAAAUACUGUCCACUUCACUUGCAGAGCUGAAGGGAAUCCUAAACCUGAGAUCAUAUGGCUUCACAACAACAAUGAAAUUAAUAUGAGAGAUGAUGUUCGUCUGAACUUGCUGGUGGAUGGGACCUUAAUGAUUCAGGAUACAAGAGAGUCUGACCAGGGCACUUACCAAUGCAUGGCCAAAAAUGUUGCUGGAGAGACUAAAACCCAAGGAGUGCUGUUGAGAUACUUUGGUACCCCAACCAAACCCAGUUUUGUGAUACAGCCACAGAACACAGAGGUGCGGGUUGGGGCCAGCAUUACCCUGGAAUGCAGUGCUACAGGUCACCCCCAGCCACAAAUCACCUGGACCAGAGGAAAUGGAAAUCUCAGAAACAUCUCUCGGCACACUAUCACUUCAUCAGGAGGUCUCUUUAUUCAGAAUGUAUCUUUGGAAGACCAUGGUCAGUUUAUUUGCCUUGCCAGUAAUAACCAGGACUCCAUUCAGUCAUCAGCACAAAUCAUUGUUCAAGCUCCCCCUAGGUUCACAGUGACUCCUGUUGAUCAAGUUGUGGUAGAAGAUCACUCUGUAGACUUUGAAUGUGCAGCCGUUGGAAAUCCACCUCCUGUCAUUGCCUGGUCCAAAGCAGGGGGUCAGCUGCCCAAUGACAGGCGGCACGCUGUGUUGUCAUCCGGUACCCUACGGAUCACUCAUGUGGCCCUACACGAUCAGGGGCAAUAUGAAUGCCAGGCAGUCAGUGUGGCUGGGGUGAAGAGAUUCCUGGUGCAGCUGACCGUGCAACCCAAAGCCCUGCCAUUGUUUACCCAUGAGCCUCAGGAUGCUAUGGCUGAAGUGGGCCAGGAUGUGGAAAUACCCUGUAGUGCUCAAGGAGAACCUCAGCCUGCUAUUACCUGGACAAAAGAUGGUGUUCAAAUCACAGAAAGUGGAAAGUUCUAUAUCAGCACUGAAGGAACCCUUACUAUUAGGGAUAUUGGUCAAGCAGACAGGGGGAGGUAUGAAUGUAUGGCACGGAAUACCAUUGGUCAGUCAACAACUAGCAUGGUGCUAAGCGUUACAGUUCGAGCGGGAAAGCGUGUGGGUGAUAGCUUUGUUGAGCCAUCAUUUCAUGAUGCAACUCAAAGGGUUGACAGUGCAAUCAAUUCCACCCGCAGAGAUUUAUUUGAUAGGCGUCCUCGUACUCCCAAUGACCUGCUGGCCCUAUUCCGCUACCCCCGAGACCCUUUCACCAUUGAGACAGCAAGGGCAGGAGAGAUUUUUGAACAAACCCUCUUUCUGAUCCAAGAACAUGUGAAACAAGGGCUAACUGUAGACCUCAAUGGCACAGAAUUCCGGUACAAUGACCUGGUUUCCCCACACUAUCUUGACCUCAUCGCCAAUCUGUCAGGCUGCACUGCUCACCGACGCUUCCCAAAUUGCUCAGACAUCUGUUUCCAUCAAAAGUACAGAACCCACGAUGGCACCUGUAACAACCUUCAACAUCCCAUGUGGGGUUCUUCUCUGACAGCUUUUGAGAGAAUCCUUAAGCCUGUCUAUGAGAAUGGUUUCAGCCUUCCCAGAGGGGUCAGCCAAAACAGCAUGUACAAUGGCCAUCAUCUACCAAUGCCACGUCUGGUCUCCACAGCCAUGGUCGGCACUGAGGCCAUAACUGCUGACGACCGCUUUACACAUAUGCUGAUGCAGUGGGGUCAGUUCUUGGAUCAUGAUCUGGACCAGACUGUUGCUGCUCUAAGCAUGUCACGGUUUUCUGACGGACAGCCCUGCAGCUCUGCGUGUUCUAAUGACCCCCCCUGUUUUCCCAUCAUGAUCCCUGAAAAUGACCCGCGUGUUCGGAAUGCCAGGUGUAUGUUCUUUGUCCGCUCCAGCCCAGUCUGUGGCAGUGGAAUGACCUCAGUUCUUAUGAACUCUGUGUAUGCCAGAGAACAGAUUAACCAUCUUACCUCAUAUAUUGAUGCUUCCAAUGUGUAUGGAAGCAGUGUGCGUGAGUCUGAAGAGCUACGUGACUUCUCCAACCAGCAUGGCCUUUUAAAGCAAGGCACGGAAGUGUCAGGCUCUGGAAAACAUCUGCUGCCCUUUGCCAUAGGACCACCCACUGAGUGUAUGAGGGAUGAGAAUGAAAGCCCUAUCCCAUGCUUCCUUGCUGGGGACCACCGAGCCAAUGAGCAGCUGGGGCUGACUGCCAUGCACACUCUGUGGUUCAGGGAGCACAACCGUAUUGCGCGAGAGCUGCUAAAACUGAAUCCCCAUUGGGACGGGGAUACAGUAUAUCAUGAAACCAGAAAAAUAGUAGGUGCUCAAAUGCAGCACAUCACCUACCAGCACUGGUUACCCAAAAUCUUGGGGGACGUGGGUAUGAAGAUUAUAGGGGAAUACAAGGGCUAUGACCCAAAUGUAAAUGGGGGCAUACUCAAUGCUUUUGCUACUGCUGCUUUCAGGUUUGGACACACUCUGAUAAACCCAAUUCUGUACCGUUUGAAUGAGACAUUUGGGGAAAUUCCACAGGGUCACAUUCCUCUCCACAAGGCCUUCUUCUCACCCUUUAGGAUUGUCCAGGAAGGUGGCAUAGACCCACUCCUGCGAGGUCUCUUUGGAGUAGCUGGUAAAAUGCGGGUUCCUUCUCAACUUCUGAACAUGGAGUUGACAGAGAGACUGUUUUCCAUGGCCCACUCGGUGGCUCUGGACUUGGCAGCCAUGAAUAUCCAGAGAGGCCGUGAUCAUGGGAUCCCUCCAUACAAGGACUACAGGGUUUUCUGUAACCUAACCUCUGUUCAGGACUUUGAAGACCUAAAGAAUGAGAUUAAAAACCCAGAAAUUAGAGAAAAGCUUAAAAGGUUGUAUGGUACACCCUUGAAUAUUGACCUUUGGCCUGCAAUGAUGGUGGAGGAUCUUAUUCCUGGAACUAGAGUGGGGCCAGCCCUCAUGUGUCUGUUUGUUACACAGUUUCAGCGACUCAGGAAUGGAGACAGGCUAUGGUAUGAAAACCCAGGAGUGUUUACCCAGGCUCAGCUCACACAGCUUAAACAGGCCUCCUUAGCUCGUGUCCUGUGUGACAAUGGGGAUAAUAUCCAACAAGUCCAGUCCGAUGUCUUCUUAAAAGCAGAUUACCCUCAAGGAUAUGUGUCCUGUGAGGAGAUCAGCAGGAUUGAUCUGAGAAUGUGGCAGGAUUGCUGCGAUGAUUGUAGAUCCCGGGGACAGUUCAGUGCACUGUCCCAACACUUCCACAACAAACGCUCUGCAGACCACAGCUAUCCUCUAGAGAAACAACAGGGAGAUGUCCGAAAAAAUAAAAAACAAAAAAGUUUCAGAUUUAAGGAAGUAAUGGAAACAACCAAUAAUUUCACUGAUUAUUCAGAGGGAAAUCAAUUAGACUUCGCUCAGGAUUUCAGCAGCUUUAUGACUGAAAUGCAGAGGACAAUAUCUUCUUUAAGAAAACAGAUAAACAAGCUGGAGACUCGGCUUAAAAAGGAUGUCUGCAUGGAUGGAAGUGGAAUCCACAGAAAAGAAGGUGAACGAUGGGCAAAGGAAGUAUGCACCAGCUGUCACUGUGAGAAUGGACAGAUUACUUGUUUUGUUGAAACCUGUCCUCCAGCAGAGUGUUGGAAGCCCUUCAGAGUGAAAGACAGAUGUUGCCCUGUUUGUUCAGUGCAAGAAAAGGGAACUGGAUCAGUCGGAAACUUGUAAAGACAGGAUGCAGAUGAUUGGUCAUCAGCUUGCAUUGUCUACUGAUGUUCACAAGAACCUGUCAAGCAGUUAUUGUUACUGCUUACUGUAUGCACUAAGUCAUCAGAACUAUACAUGUGAAAAACAGGGAGGAUUUAUCAAUUCUUCCUUUCACUAUUGAGACAUUUUCUGCCAUUGCCAAAAAAAAGUAGAUUUUAGCUGCAAAACUGCAGAUUUACUACCAGAGGUAGCAUUAUGUGGUUGCAUUUUUUUUUUUAAGUUGAGGAUUAUAAUUAACGGGUCGAGAUUUUUUUUCACAUUUAUUACAAUUUUAUUAUUACUAUUAGUUUUUGUUAUUACAGCAUGCACCACACACAGGAUUAGCAAAUUCAUUUUUUCUGACAAAAAAGUUGAGGUUAGGAAGAUAGCCUUUAAAAUGACAUUAACUAAGUAUUGUUCAUUGACUACAAAGCAUUAGUUAACUAUAAUACAGUGUUACAGUAGCUGGUGAAACAAGCACUUCCUAUGACAAGAUUAUUUUAAAGUACCCAUUCCCUUUGGUAUUCUGUAAAAGGGGACCUUUAAUUUCAAACAAGGAUAAGCAUUAAUGGAAACCUAGACAUUGCUAUACAAUACAGAAGAAGAUUCAACACCUAAUUUGCAGAAUACUAAUUUGACACAAUUUUGUUUGUCAAAAUGUCAAGCAAAACAGAAUCAGGUUGCAGUUAAUCUAGAAUAUUUUCACAGACUAGAGCUGGGCACAAAAUAGUACAAAAUAGUGCUUGCUUUGGAACAGAUAUUCCCACCCUCAAGGCUCUUGGUUUAUACAACGAAAAUGUAUUUUUUGUAAUUUGCAUAUAAUAUUAAGAUAGCUGAAAGUCACAUUUAAAACCAAUUCUGUAUGAUAAAUGGGUUCAAAACUCACAGGUCAGUUUUAUUAAAGUGCGCCACAGGGUGAAUAUGUUGUCAGAAUUUGAAACAGCAUUUCCUGAUAAUGAGAACAUAUAAAUGCCAUAAUAUGACAUUUGAUACCAAUUAUAAAAAAGGUUGCACACUGAUUCAUUAAAUAUAUGUUAUUAUUCAUAAAAUGUAAUAUGCAGUACCUUUUAAAUGAUAUGUGAAUAGGAAUACAAGUACACUGCAAAACUGCUUACUCAACUAAAGUAGACAUUUCAAUGGCAGUUCAUCUACAUUCACGAUGUGGAACACUGUAAAAAUACUGACAGGCUUUCUGAUUUUGCUUGUGAAAUAACUGUACCUCAUAACAACACAAAGACAGGGAUGUUCGACAAAAAUUGGUGCUAAGUGUUAUGCCUCAAGAAUAAUAGUGUGUUUUUUUUAUAACUGACUAUACGCAAAUACUGUAACAUGCUAAUAUGUGUAAAGAUUAGUUUUCAAAUAGUUAUUUUACAACUAUAUGACACAAGUUCCUUACAUAGCACUGUAGUUGAAAUGUAAGCAGUGCAUUUUAAAAGGGCCAGAACUGUAUUUUCUUUAACAGAUUGCAAUUAAUUUUUAAUGUGGCUUACAAUAUUUUCCCACAAAAAAAGUGCUAGGUUAUUUAAUAAAGUAACAUAUUUUGUAUUUUACAGGAUACAGGACAGAUUAUAUGGCAUAUGAAUACAUUGUAUUUUUUUUAUUACAAAGAAACAUUUUUGCAUUAUCAUCCUGUAUAAGUAUAUUGACACAACUAUGUGCAGCAAAAACCAUUAAACAAAAUGGACUGUACCACUAUAAGCAUAAUGUACAGUGAAAAACUAAUUUGAUUACCACCUUUAAAUGGUACUGUAAUAGUGCUUUGUGCAUAAACAUUUAUCCUAUUGUAUAUAUUGUGACAAUAAAGUUUUAUUUUCAAAUUUGAAA